UCCAAAUUGAUUUGGAGAGGGAGGUUCAAACUUUGGGCUUCAAAGUCCUACUAUCUGUUGAGGAUCAUGAAAGCUGUGCCCACACUAGGGUCACUAGGGUGCCCAUAGAGAUGAUCCCUCCUCCCAGAUCAUCCAGCCUCCCCAGGCAGAGACUUCACCCCUGGGGAGCACAAGAGAAGGCAGAAACCAGCACAACCCACCUGCCUCAGCCAAGUGUCUUCACUGCCAAAAAUCGUCCUUCUCUUGAAGGAAAUGAACAGCAAAAAGCCUUUCUUCCCCUUUUGAGAAACAACCAACUUUCUGAGUGCUUCCUAGCCCCUGGCAGCCCACAGUGCUUCUCAGCAGCUCUCUACCUGUCUUCAUUUCUUUGAAGACAACUUGCCACAAAACUUUCAUCAGCAACAGGAAAAAAAACCACCAGGGAAUAGUUUGGAGUGAUUUAAGGGCAAGUAUGAAUAUACAGAAUAAGAACCUCUCUCUGUUUCUUGUAGAACAGUAGGAAAAAGGCAUGGAAGUGCAACAGAGAGAAGAAAGUCUAAGCAACCUUUUUUUUUUGUUGUUGUGGGAGAUGGUAGUGAACAAACCUACCCACUACGAAGAGGUUUUUCCAGGAAGUGUAGGUUGCUGCAACCUGUAUCCCUUGAGCAGUGGGCGCUCGCACAACAGUUCUCAUGCUACUUGCAAGCAGCUCAUUUGAAGGAGCCCCAGCCAAGUGCAAGGAGGAUGAAUGAACCCUACAGCCCUGAGACACCCCGACCCAUCAGCAGCACCUCACCUGGCACCAUGAAGAUGUUCAUGGGCUUCCUCACCGUAUUUAUUGUCGCACAGAUGAUCGGGACCGUGCUCUUCUGUUUAUAUCUUCACAUGAAGAUGGAUAAGAUGGAAGAGACGUUGAGCUUAGAUGAAGAUUACAUCUUCCUGAGGAAAGUACAGAAAUGUCGGACGCCAGAAGGUCAGAAGUCGACAUUACUGGACUGUGAACAGAUUUUAAAGGGUUUCCAGAAUCUCCAGUACAAGGACGGAGCCAUCGAGGAGCAGCCCAAGUAUGACAUGCAGAGAGGUCAUGAGCACCAUGAACAUCCCCAUUUGACACACAAGAAUGAGACGUCUGUGGCAGCAGAGAAGAGGCAGCCAAUUGCAGUCCACCUGGCAGUUCAGCAGAGCAACAAUGCAGGCUCAGUGCUACAGUGGCAGGAGACCAUGUAUGGCCCCACAAACAUCUUGAUAUCCAACCACGAGGGGAAACUGAAGGUGAAGGAAGCAGGGCUCUACUACAUCUACUCCCAAGUCAGCUUCUGCACCAAGGAACCAUCCUCGGCACCCUUCACCCUCUUUAUUUACUUGCAUCUCCCCAAGGAAGAGGACCGGCUCUUGCUGAAGGGACUAGAGACACAGGGCACCCGGAGUGACUGCGAACUCCGGUCCAUCCGGGUGGGAGGUGUCUUCAAGCUCCGGGAAGAUGACAUGGUCUUUGUCAACGUGACAGACUCCACAAAACUGAACUACAACCAUGGCAACAACUACUUUGGCAUCUUCAAGCUGUAGUGAGGAACCCAAGCUGGGGUUCCAGCCCAACUUUGUUGAGCAACGUGCCUUUCCCUGUUUCCCUUUAUUUAUGUUCCUCUGCCUCUUUGUUUUUCUUGUUUCUUAAUUUGUAUAUUUUGUUAUUUAUUAAUGAGGGCCAGGGGGCCCUGAGAACACAAAUGGAACAAAGUUUGAGGCUG